GUUGACUCUACAACGAGCAGAGUAAACGCAGAUCGAAGGUCUGCCCGCAGCGACCCGACACGAAAAUUUCCGAUCCAACUGCAAUUUCAGAUUCAUCUGAUUCAUUUAAUUAAUUUUCUCUUCCUGUUUGCGAGAGAUCCAAGCUUCAUAUUAUUUCCCGAAGCUUUGGUCCGCAGAAAAUGUUGAAAAGCUUCUGCGAUUUCAAAUUUCUUCUCCUCAUCGCUGCUGUCGCCUUCAUCUAUAUCCAAAUGCGGCUUUUCAUGACGCAAUCAGAAUAUGCUGAUCGGCUUGCAGCUGCAGUUGAAUCAGAGAAUCAUUGUACAAGUCAAAUGAGGUUGCUGAUUGAUCAAAUUAGCAUGCAGCAGGGACGAGUUGUGGCUUUAGAAGAAGAAAAGAAGCGUCAAGACCAGGAGUGUGGACAACUGAAGGCUCUUGUGCAAGAUCUUGAGAGGAAAGGCCUACAAAAACUGAUGGACAAAGUACAGGUGCCCGUGGCUGCUGUUGUUGUUAUGGCGUGCAAUCGUGCUGAUUAUCUGGAAAGGACAAUCAACUCGAUUUUAAAAUAUCAAAGCUCUGUUGCUUCAAAAUAUCCUCUUUUUAUAUCACAGGAUGGAUCAGAUCCAAAUGUUAGAAGUAAAGCUCUAAGUUACGAUCAGCUAACCUAUAUGCAGCAUUUGGAUUUGGGUCCUGUGCAUACUGAAAGGCCAGGGGAGUUGAUCGCAUACUACAAGAUUGCACGUCAUUACAAAUGGGCAUUGGAUGAGUUAUUCUACAAGCAUAAUUUCAGCCGGGCAAUCAUACUUGAAGAUGAUAUGGAAAUUGCCCCUGAUUUUUUUGACUAUUUUGAAGCUGCAGCAGCUCUUCUAGAUACUGAUGAGUCAAUUAUGGCUGUUUCCUCCUGGAAUGACAAUGGACAAAAGCACUUUGUGCAUGACCCAUAUAUACUAUACCGCUCAGAUUUUUUCCCUGGACUUGGGUGGAUGCUGUCUAGAUCUAUAUGGGAUGAGUUAUCACCAAAGUGGCCGAAGGCUUACUGGGAUGACUGGUUGAGAUUGAAAGAGAACCACAAAGGUCGGCAAUUUAUUCGUCCAGAAGUUUGCAGAACAUAUAAUUUUGGCGAACAUGGUUCUAGUAUGGGGCAGUUUUUCAAACAAUAUCUUGAGCCUAUUAAGCUGAAUGAUGUCCAGGUUGACUGGAAGUUGAUGGAUUUGAGCUACCUAAGGGAGGACAAGUAUAGAAGGCACUUUGCUGGUCUUGUUAGAAGUGCAAGACCUGUCCAUGGAACUGAUGCUGUUCUGAAGGCAUAUAAUGUUGAUGGUGAUGUGCGCAUUCAGUAUAGAGACCAGGAAGACUUUGAACAUGUUGCACAUCAAUUUGGAAUUUUUAAAGAAUGGAAGGAUGGUAUACCAAGAACAGCCUAUAAAGGAGUAGUGGUUUUCCGAUUCCAAACUCCACGACGUAUUUUCCUUGUUGGCCCUGAUUCUCUCAACCAGCUUGGGAUUGAGAACGCAUAACAAUUAAUUGAGGUUAGUGACUUGCCAUACUAAUUUUGCAACUUGGUGUCACCUCCUUCAGUUGCCUCUUGAACCAUAACACAUGCAAAAGAAGAGAUUUGAGGCUUCAUGAGUAAAUUUGCAUUGGACUUUUGAAUAAGGUGAAGAAUUCUAUGAAUUGCGGAAAAAGUAUUUGUCUGCGUUAGUCUGUUUUGUUAAUGACGACAGAAUUUCCUUGAAGGAUAAGGGCCAGUUGAAAGACAAAAGAAUUGCCAGUGAUUCCAGACAAAAUAGAGUAGCUAGCAUCUUGUACUCAAAUUUCUCAACAGGAGCUAAAUUCCCUUAUUAUCUUCAGGUCAAAUUUAAAGAUUUUCUAUAUUUGUGUAUCAGUGGAAGAUUGAGCUGUAAUUUUUCUAGGAUUUAAAAAAAAAAAAACAAUUAUUCCAGAACUGAAUUCUCUCAGAUGGCAGUUUUUGUUAAUAAUGGAUAAUUUUCCCCA